CCAAACUUUUUAAAUUUCGUUUGUCUCUGGCGUAACAAAUAAAUGGGUUUCAAAAUUAGGAAUGUCAGUGUCAAACAGUCCAGUGAAAAUGUAAGCAACACUUAAAACUUCAACACUAAUUCAAAACCAGUCCAGACCAAAAACAUCGUAAUGCAGCUUCUUCACGAGCCCAACUCCAUCCCAGUCGCAGUAAGAGACAUGAUGAACCUAAGUGGGAACCCCAAGGAUGGCUCCUGCGAGACCUUUGAGGUAAAGGAGAAGAGGUCUUCAAGCGCCUCCUUGCGUGUCAUGAACCCGGUGGCGAGUGGCGACAACAUGGCCGUGUUGGGGUCCGCGCACAAACUCAAGGAGGAGCUGCCGCCGCUCGUGCCUUGCUGCGAGGGGAAAGAGUUGCAGAUAAACGAGGACCUCGUCCGAAGCGGCCUGUCCGCCAUAUCGGUGAAGCACGACAGCGUCAUACAGUGCCUGAGUAUGUCGCGCGCUUGCGAGAGGAUGCAGGUGCCUCCAGGGCUGCAUCGAAACUCGUUCCGAAGCCUGCACCGUCCGGACCUGAAGCGGGUGCCGUACUUGCGCCGUAUGUCGCCCGAUGAGUUGGAGACCCUCUUCAGAGGCUACGCAGACCUGCCCACGCGUGGGAACAACAAGACUGAAUACCGAGUGGUGCUUCCACCAGAUGAAAAUAUUCGAGCUCGAGAUUUAAAAGACAAAGAAGCAAACUCACAAGAUGAUGGGAAUGGGGCAAGUGCCCUGCACCCGAUACCAGAGACGCGGUCGGGCGCAGAAGACGUGCCGGCGGGUAUGAGACUACACGGGGCACGCGCGCGUCUCUACACGUCCGUGCUAGCGGGCGCGCGCGCUGGUGAUCAACUGGACGGCAUGUCAGCCAAUGAAGAGUACGACACUCGAGUGCCAGACGAUCCACUGCCAGAGGACGAGGUCCAACUGACCGAGGAACUUCAAAUCAUUCUCCCCCCACGAUGCGAUGACGUCACUGCCGAAUCAUCCGCCACCGCCUCCAUAGAUAGCUGACCAAGACGACUCGCCACGUGAACUCGAUACCGUCUGUAAGACGAUGCAACAAGGUUCAUAUUCUAAUGAAAAUUCGCUUAAAACGCCGUUGUAUCGGCCUGAAAACGAAAUUGAAAAUUAAUAGGCUGAUACGGAAUUACAGAAAGAAAUUAGGUCGACUUUUUAUGUUCAUAGAUUGGAUUAUUCAAGAUAUUCUUACAAAAUAUAAUAAUAAAUAAGUGACAUAGUUGUUUUAUUUCGAAAAGGAUUUAUAAAAUGUAGUACUUAUUCACAGUACAGUGACAAAUUAACACAUUUUCAAAGCUUUACUAAAAAAGUGACUCUACACCAAACGCUAAUGAAGAUCAGAAAACAUCAUAUAUUCAGUUUGUAUCACGAAUUUUAUGCAUUCAAAUAGCUGUUCAUAAACUCGAUUUCAUAUAUUAGGUUUUACCUAUUUCACUAUAACACCAGUUCCUAUAUAACCUUCCCUAAAAAUGGUAAUGAGAGCUGAUAAAUGAAACGAAAAAUUAUAAGUGUGAAUUUAUAUUGAAUAACCUUUCUACAAUAUUAUACAGCAGACUGUAAACUCAUACCCACGCUCCCCUCGCAAUAUACAAUACAAAGAACUUAUACAAAUACAACGAUUAGAACCCAUAGAAAACAUAAAUAUUAUACAUCAGUGCGUAAUUUGUAUAUUUUAAUUGCACUUUAUUUAUUUUUAUACUAAUUCGAAACGAUUGCGUUGUUGAAUAUACUAGGACUACAAAAUUUUGAUUAAAAAAUCUUUUUUUAAAAGUAAAGCUUUAGUUCGUGGUUGUAUUGCUUAAUAGUUGACAAACCAACCGAUUUUACAUCUAAUAGGUAUAUUACAUUAAAACGGGUUCUAUCGAUUUGUCUAAAAGAUAUUAUACCCUCGUGAGUAUUCUGACAAAAUUCUGUAAGUAUUUAAAAUUACUGCUCUGAUAUUUUCGUGGUUCCACUUUCACCAACGAUUCUUCUCUAUCAUGGUAACAUUGCCCCUGAAUCAGAUUCAUAUUAAAUUUAUAAAAUAUUUCAAGAAUUUGGCUCGAAUUUACUUGAGCGUGGAGCCUUACAUAUUCAUACUUCACACAUUUCAGAAAUAGUCACAGAUAUUCACGUAACCUUAAAUUCAAU